AUGGGUGGGAGGAAUGAAACCAGUGUCAGGUAUUUCAUUCUCCUGGGUUUUCCCACCACUCUUGAACUGCAGCUACUCCUCUUCUCUGCUUUACUUCUGGCUUAUUUAUUAACUGUGUUGGAAAACUGCCUUAUCAUUCUCCUCAUCCGAACCAACCCCAGUCUGCAAAAACCCAUGUAUUUCUUCCUAGGAAACCUGUCUUUCUUAGAGAUCUGGUAUGUUUCUGUCAUUGAACCAAAGAUGCUCAUAGAUUUUCUCUCCCAAGAAAAACAUAUCUCCUUCCAGGGCUGCAUGACACAGUUGUAUUUCUUUGUGACUUUCGUUUGUACUGAGUAUAUUCUGUUAGCUGUUAUGGCCUAUGACCGCUUCUUGGCUAUAUGCAAACCUCUCCAAUAUUCACUCAUCAUGACUCACCAGUUCUGCACUCAGCUGGCAGCUGGCUGCUGGAUGUGUGGUUUCAUCACUUCUUCCAUCAAGCUGAGCUUUAUUGCCCAGCUCUCGUUCUAUGAUGUAGACACAAUCAAUCACUAUUUCUGUGACAUUUCACCCCUACUGAAUAUCUCCUACAGUGACUCCUCUUUGCCUGAGCUGGUAGACUUCGUCUUGGCUCUGCUGGUCAUCAUGGUGCCUCUGUGUACUGUGGUCACCUCCUACAUUUGCAUCAUGUUCACCGUGUUGAAGAUCCCUUCUUCUCAUGGGAGGCAAAAGGCCUUUUCCACCUGCAGUUCCCACUUGACUGUAGUGAUAUUGUUCUACUCCACCACUCUUUUCACAUACGCCCACCCUAAGGUCAUGUACACCUACAGUGCUAACAAGUUCGUAUCAAUCCUGUACACAGUAGUUGUGCCACUUCUGAAUCCCCUCAUAUACUGUCUUAGAAAUAAAGAAGUCAGGUGUGUCCUGAGGAAGACCUUGCACUUUGCAGAGGAGCAGAGAAAAGCCCAAACCCAUCAGGGCUGUUAAGCAUUUUGAAUAAUCACUUCUCUGAAGGAUUUACUGAUAAGGCCAUCCUGUAGCAAUGACAACUUACAUUUCAGAGGACAGCUGAAUACAAGAUCCAGGACAGUAGCUCUGUAGAUAGGAAAGGUAUUAUUUCCAUUUUCUAAUCCUGAGAAGGGGAGAUGUGACUACCAUGAGUGCUCCAUCUGGUUACUGAGCUUGGGAACUGCUCAAGCUUCCCUAGGAUGCAGAGGAAGGUGGAAAGAAAAGCUGGGAGUUUUGUGCAUAUAUGUUUUGACAGGGGCACCUACACCAUGACAUGAGGGACAGUUUGGUGACACAUCACCACUGGAAAAGGGGCUAUUCACCCCCUCUGGGUGGUCAGCCAGACCCAACCCAACUCCCACACCACUUGCCUAGACUGUAAGGUGUUGGUUUCUCUAGGAGGAGGCUGUGGGAAACUAUUGAACCGAGGUAGACAAUGUCCAUUCCCACCCUACAUCAAC